AGGCGGAUCCUCUGACGUAGUCGCCAAGCCGUUCGGCUGCGUCACAGUCCAGCCGAAGGAAGGAAGAAGGAAACGAGGAACAAAAAGGACAGUGGUUCUGAAAAGCCGAGGACAACGGUUUUGGAGUGCCAGAGAGACAGACCUGUGUCGUGCACACCGCUGACGGAGAGACAGACAUGGAGGGCUCCACGGAGAAAGAAUACAAAGAGAAAUUAUUAUGGAACGUAAAACGAGAGGUGAAGCAGAUUAUGGAGGAAGCAGUGACUAAGAAAUUUGUCAACGAAGACAGCAGCCACAUCAUUGCUCUGUGCACUGCAAUCGAGGCCUGCCUGGGUCACCUGCUGAAGAGACGGGCAGCUGGUUUUCUCCGCAGUGACAAGAUCGGCGCCCUCUUCACCAAAGUUGGCAAAGUCCAUGACACCGCCAGCGAGGUUUGCCGUAAAGUCCAAGAGCAACUCCAGCAGCAGGCUGAUCUCACCAGGAGAACUCAGAGCAUGGGACAUGAACCUCUGAGGAGACAGGGCUCCUCCACUACCAGCCGCCCUCCUCAGCCCCUCUCUGCUCAGGCCAUCAAACACAUCUGGGUCCGAACAGCUCUCUUUGAGAAAGUUCUGGACAAGAUAGUUCAGUACAUUGUGGACAACUCCAGUAAAUACUAUGAGAGAGAAGCUCUGAUGCAUGACUCAGUCUUCGGGCCAAUCUUGGCAGCCCUACUGGUGGGGCCUUGUGCUCUAGAGUACACCAAGCUGAAGACAUCAGAUCAUUUAUGGACUGACCCCUCAGCCAAUGAACUAGUUCAGCGCCAUCGUAUCCAUGGGGCCCACCGGAGCCAUGACACCCCGGCCGGCCGCCGGCCUGCUCUAGGGAUCCGCAAGAGGCAGUCCAGUGGCAGCAUGUCAGAGGACAGGUUUGCUGCAUCAGCUAGGGAGUAUGUUGAGUCUCUUCACCAAAACUCAAGAACACACCUUCUCUACGGCAAAAACAACGUCCUGGUUCAACCGAAGAAGGACAUGGAGGUGCUGCGGGGUUACUUGUCGCUCCACCAGGCUGGGGAUAACCUCACCCUGAAGUGGACCCCCAACCAGCUCAUCAAUGGAACGCUGGGAGACUGUGACCUGGAGAAGAGUAUCUACUGGGACUAUGCACUUACUGUUCCUCUGCGCCAGAUAGUCUGUAUCCACUGUCAUCAACGCCCUGAUUGUGGUGGUACACUAGUUCUCGUGAGUCAGGAUGGGAUCCAGCGGCCGCCCCUCCACUUUCCCCCUGGUGGUCACCUCCUGGCCUUCCUCUCCUGCCUGGAAACAGGCCUCUUACCGCGGGGUCAGCUGGAGCCCCCCCUGUGGUCCCAGAAAGGCAAGGGAAAAGUGUUCCCUAAACUUAGGAAGAGGAGCAGUACUGCCCGGCUCAUUGACCAGGACAGGAAUGGUGAGGAGCAGACAGCUGCUGACUACGUGUUUCGCAUUGUCUACCCAGGAUACCGCUACGACGCCAUCACUAUAAACUACCACCACACCACGGGCAGCCGCGCUCCAUCGUUGGACGAUGAUGAGGACGAAGAAGAUAAGCUCCAUGCUAUGAUCUCAAUGAUCUGCUCGCGGAACCUCACAGACCCUAAUGUCAUGAAAGACCACGGGGAAAUGUUGGAGAUACAGGGUUUUGGAGGAAGCCCGUCAUCAUGGCAACAGGCCGAAGUAACAACUCACGAGUCCCUGUGCCAGUCCUGCUCCACAGCUGGUAGCAACAUGUCAUUCGACUACCCGGCUGGUUGUACCUGCAUACACAACCCAUCAGAUAUUCACACUAUUCCCCUUAAGAUGCUUUGCCAGAACAUGAAGAGGCAGAUAGUCUCCAGAGCCUUUUAUGGGUGGCUGGCCUACUGUCGACACCUUUCCACCGUGCGGACUCACCUGUCAGCUCUGGUCAACCACAACAUUGUUCCUCCAGACAGACCUUGCGAGGCAUCCGGGGGCCUCAGUAAAGAGGUGUGGAGCAAAUACCAGAAAGACUGCAAGAAUUAUAAGGAGCUGGAGCUGCUGAGGCUGGUUUAUUAUGGCGGAAUGCAUCAUGACAUCAGGAAGGAGGUCUGGCCUUUCCUGCUGGGACACUACAAAUUUGGCAUGGGCAAAAAGGACAUGAGCCAGAUUGACGCAAAGAUCAGUGAGCGCUACCAGCAGGUGAUGCAGGAGUGGAAGGCCUGUGAGGUGAUUGUCAAACAGAGGGAAAAGGAGAUGCAGUCGGCCAUCUUUGCCAAACUCUCCUCAGGCAGCAGCAUCGACAGUCAUGUCCUGAGACUGGUUCACAGAGACUCCACACUCAGCAAUGAGGUGUUUAUGUCGGUGGAUGAGCCAGAGGCUGGGAGCCAGGAGACCCCCAGUGGAGAGGACAACACUCCCACCAUGACCACCUUGGUCCCUCCUGCUGCCCUCCCCCCAGAGGAGCGUCCUCUGGUGGAAUUUGACUCCCCUGACUCAGGUCUCCCCUCCUCCAGAAACUACUCAGUGACCUCUGCUCAUUCCCAGAUCCUGUCGAGCAUUGACGACAGUCAGAGCACAGAGGAGGAGGGGGGGGUUGGGGAAGAGGGUGGGACACCAGGUAUGCUUGGGGGGGGUCAGGACUCUCUGACUGAGGACAGGCUGUGUAGUCAGCUUGACAAACUGGUGACCAAUGGAGCAUCUGCUGAGGGGAUAUCACCAUCACUCUCCUCAUAUACAAUCGAGCUGUUGGACACAGUCGCCCUGAACCUCCACAGGAUAGACAAAGAUGUGCAACGCUGCGACCGAAACUACUACUACUUCACCACAGCCAACCUGGAGAAACUUCGCAACAUCAUGUGCAGUUAUGUGUGGGAGCAUCUAGAGAUGGGCUACGUUCAGGGCAUGUGUGACCUGCUCGCUCCACUCAUGGUCAUCCUGGAUGAUGAGUGCCUGGCUUACAGCUGUUUCACUCAGCUAAUGAGGAGGAUGAGUCAGAACUUCCCUAAUGGCGGAGCCAUGGACACACACUUUGCCAACAUGAGGUCACUGAUCCAGAUUCUGGACUCUGAGCUGUUUGAACUGAUGCAGCAGAAUGGAGAUUACACUCACUUCUACUUCUGUUACCGUUGGUUCCUGCUGGACUUCAAGAGAGAACUCCUGUACGAGGAUGUGUUUGCGGUGUGGGAGGUGAUCUGGGUGGCUCCCAGGAUUUCCUCGCAGCACUUUGUCCUCUUCCUGGCCUUGGCCCUAGUCACAGUUUACCGCGAGAUCAUCAUGGACAACAACAUGGACUUUACUGACAUUAUCAAGUUCUUCAAUGAGAUGGCUGAGCGUCAUGAUGUCCAACAUAUCUUGAAGAUAGCACGUGAGCUAGUGCACAAAGUUCAGUCAUUGAUGGACAACAAGUGACCGAAGAGCAAGAGGAGGAAGAGGAAUCGGAGGAUGCAGAGUUAGAGAAUUUCUAACCUUACAGGACACUCAGCUCUUCCUUUCAUCCUUCCGAGAGACAGUGUUUUCAGACCUCCACCUAACCAGAGCAAGUCCAGAGGAUUCAUGUCUUCUCCCUGCCCAGAUGAAUGCCCUUGGAGUGGUGCAGGAGUGCUGCUGAAGCAGCCUGGCUCUGAAGCUUGGCCUAGAUCAGUUUACAUUUACCUUCACAUGGAAUGCUCAUGGUGUCCGUUCAGACAUAUGGAUUUGUCUGCAUGCUUGUAAGUUAGAUCACACUGUGAACGCAUUCUUGAGUCUCCCCAGUCCUGCAGAGCUUGUAAGUGCAUGAAAACAAACACACAUACGCAAACUCCAUUUUCGCUCUAUCAGUACUCCAAUUUUUAGAGUCUCACCCUUAUCAUCAACUCUGAAACUGAACAUAUUGGAUGCACGUCAGGAAGGCUUAAGUAUUCUCAGUGUUUGACAGAUGUGUUCCUCCAUGCAAUGCCAGCAGAGGCCACAAGAGUGCAGGAUUUACACACAACAUUGUCAGAGGAGCAGAACACUUAGCCAUGAAGAAGUUUUCUUUAGUGACCAAAUGGACUGUGCCAACUACCUUUUCAUGAGUCUUUUCUACAACUAACCCGUGUUUUUACCCCCACCCCACCCCUCAUCCCUUUCUUUUCUUUUUGUCCAUGAGUUUAUUAUCACUCAAACGUUGCCUUUAUCAGUAACAGCCCAAGGUACUUAGUUGCAACUUUAGUGAGGGUUCCCUUCAUGGUGCUUGUGAAGGCCUCCCUGCAGUUAUUGGGGGCCAGAGGUGCAACAGGAGGCCAAACUGUUGUGAAACUCAGGAUGAAUUGCAGCCAACUUUUCUGAGCAUGUCAGUCAGUGGUUAAAGCAUGUUUAAUACUUGUUCCAAGACAGAAAAAGAAAAUAACAGCAGAGCACAACAGUAAAGACAAAAGCACACAGGCCUUCCUCCUUACUUUUACCCAAAACUUGCACAUUUCUCUUUUGUUGUACCAUGAUUUUAGUUAAAGGCUACUGUUGAGGUCAUGUCCUUAGUAGUAUUUCUGGACUUUGGGGCAUUUAAUUAGGAGUUUUCGUGCUAUGCGUUUUAGAAUAAAUACAUUAAUUAAAUGAAGGGAUUUAAUAUAUAUAUAAAUGCACACACACAGUAGUUAGGUACAUAAGUAUAAUUUAAGACAAUUUUCGUGAUUUUGCCUCGGCACACCACCACAAUGGAUUUAAAACGAAGCCAUCAAGAUGUGAUUGAAGUGUAGACUUUCAGCUUUAAUCGGGGGGGGCAGGGGUUAUAUGCUCUGAUUGAGGCUGGUUAACAAAAAUAAUGCAAAUUAACAGGCGCACACAGACACAUGCAAAAAAUCCCAGGAUCCUGCAGGUAUAUUUCCCAGGAAACAGGACCAGAUUUUUUCUGGAAUUCGUGGGAAAAACCAGAAUCUCAAUUACUGGUAAUCAAUCCUAACCAGGAAAGCUUGUAUUGGACUGAGUCAAAAUAAACUACAGUGUGUGUGUUCAUGGUAAUGAAGGAACAUGUCACCAAGUGCAACAGUGUGGCUCACUGAUGUGUUUUUAAGAGUUUUUAGACAACAAUGGAGCUAUAAGGCACUGAAGAAUAAGAUAUGUCAGGCUUUAGGCACACACACAGUACUCGUUAGCUGAAUAGAUUCGGUGUUGGGUUGGGUCUUUUCAUGGAGUGCAUUGACCAUAUGAAAAAUUACGGGCUCUAUCCUUUAAAUUAUUUCAUGUUUUCCUUUGGAACAGGAGUCAAACAUGAACACUGAUCUGAAAGCACCAUACCAACAUCUUAUUGCAUUCAGCAGUAUUGUCAGGAAAAGUGGUUGCAGUUGUCCAUGUGGAACCUGAUUUGUGUCCUGCCUCAAGCAUCUGAAAAUAAGACAUGCUUGCACUGGGUUGAUCUAAAUAACAGAUCUGAGACAAAGCUGCUUUUAAUGCCAAACUUUGUGUAGUGUUCAGUGAAUCAGUAUUAGGUUGGUUUUGGUUUCACAGUAACAGCGCAGAGUUCAUUCAUGUUUGUAUCUGAAGGGAAUCUGGGAAAUUUUUGAUACCGUUUCCAAUCUCCCUCAUCAGUGUGAUCUUUUAUCUCCACCCUCCUCCCCUCCUUAAAAUGUCCAACACGGCUGCACAUGAUUGGCCAUCCAGCACGGACCAGCACCUGUGAUUCAAGUGCCAAGAGUCUUCCCCAAUCCUGAAGUGUACUGUAGUCAUCUGGCUCCCUGAUUCGCUAGUUUGAUCCCAGGAAUGGGUAGCAGUGUGGAUGUACCUUGCUAAGGACCCUCCCCCUCCCCCAUCCUGCCUGUACAGUGACGGAGGAUGGUUAGUUGGGUAACUGGGGCCCAUAGCAGAGCUUUUUCUUCCAGUCAGGACAUUGUGUACCAAAGCCUUGAAAUAGCCCCCUCUGUGGCAUAACGACAAUGUGCAAUUUCAUACUGCAUCUUGAAGACUGACUGUUUACUAUGUGUGUAAAAUAUUUUUGAAAAUGGUGAUCUUGGACUUUUGACUACUCUGCAAUUUCUGUUGAUUGAGAAAACCCAUCAAAAUCUAUAUUGCUGUAAAUAUGAACCGAAAAUCCAAUAUUUCUAUGAAGACAGUCAGAACAUAUAUAUGACUUAUUUUGAGAUCUAUUUUUUAUGUUAGUUUCAGCAGCACUAGUCUGAGGUGUAUACUGUGCAGAAAUGCAGAAUGUGUGCACACUCUGUUACACACUGACUGUUAAAUGUUCUUUCUCAAUGUUGUGCACUGACUUCAAGAUUUCAAAUUUUUAUUUAUUAAGAGCCAGUGAUUGCAUUGCUGAAUAUGUAUUGGUAAGGAUGUAUCAUUUACCUUGAAUGUAAUGUAUUAUUAAAUACCGGGUUGUUCAUUAGUGU